UCAGGUAUGGUUUAAAACUCGGUGCCAGUGUUCCAUGCAGCAACCAUCUUCAUCUAACCCUCAAGCUACCAAAGAUAAAGACCAUGAUUAUGCCAUCGAUUUUAUUCUAUCCAUAUUGUUUGCAUCCUUAAAAUCAUUUAAAGGGGAAUCAUUGUUGAAGCCUUUACCAAAUUUUGUGGCAUCCGUUGAACAGCUGGUAAAUUGUCAUGAUCAAAUUCGUUUCCCUCCCAUUCGUUCAAUGGUUAACUCUGCUGAAAGCCUCAAUUUUAUUGACUGGAUAACCUUGUUAGCUGAAAAGCUUGAAGUGAAACCUUUUGAUAAGAAAUUUUUUCUUGACUUCAGUGGGUUAUCAAAUGUAAAGCAAUCUCCACAGUUUAUAGUAAAAUUGAAAAAUCCUAGAAUGUCUUCAAAAUUUGAAGACUUAACAGAAACCCAUGGGAAUUUGAUUGGAUUUCAUGGGACGCAUACUGAAAAUGUCUUCAGUAUCUUGCAGAAUGGUUUGGUUGGACAUCUCAAUACAAGAGCUCUUUAUGGUUCAGGAACGUAUCUUAGCAGUGACAUAGAUGUUGCUUUAUCUUUUGCUAAACAGGGAAAAUCAUGGCCAAGUUCUCGAAUAUGUCGGAACAUGACGUGUGUCCUGAUGUGUAAAGUUAUUAAUAGUGAUCAAGUAAAGCAAGGUAAAGAAAAACUUUCUGGCAUCAGUUUUAAUAAUAAUCCGCUGCCUCAUAACUAUUACGUUGUGAAAAACAAUGACCAUGUCGCAGUUACUCAUGUUCUUAUCUACUCUUCAAAACAAAGGAUUCCGUCAAGUCUUAAAGCAGAAAGUAGACUUUUAGUUUUUAUCAGAUGUUAUGGGUUUGUUUUGCUAUAUGGGUUAGUUAUUGUAUUUAUUUGUUUAAGUUCCAAUGGUGUUCUAAAGAAAUGGAUAAAAAAGUUUAUGUAAAUUAUGAUAUUCGUCCAUUGAUGGCAUGGUUACUAAUGUAACCUGAUUUGUUUAUCACUGUUAGAAAUUUGCAUGUAAUGGAAUUAGUCAUAAUUGAUUUGUUUGAUUAUUUAAAAUAUAUUUUUGUAACAGUGCUCAAUUGUGCUUCAUCAGAUUUAGAAGUAAUAUGGAUUGUCUGUGGUAAAGUUCAAAAUGAUGUUUUUACUGUUAAUACUUCA